AGUGACGUGAAGUUUACGUACCCGCUCCCGGAAGUACUCGUAAUCGGCUCCCUACUCUGCUCGUAAUCAUUGGCUCAUCAUGGAUACAUGAUAACAAGAUACGUGGAACGUGUGAUGGAAAUAGCGAUCGGCAACGGCUUCUCAUUGGCCAUCCCCCCACGGAAGCGCCAGGUGCGAUUCUCGGCUCGUCAUGACAUCAUCCUUCUGCGGGAGGUCAUCGCCCAGAAUCCCUUCAGCAGAAAGGAUUCAAGCGUCAGGCUUUGGGCCCGCAUUGCGGAGAUCAUUACAGCUUCGAUGCAGGAUGAGUACUUUGAGGUGGAUGCACGGCGCUGCCGCGAGAGAACCCUGCUGCUGCUGGACUACUACAAGAAACAGGACUUCUUCAGACUGCGCAGGAGUGGAACGGAGGCUCUGUAUGCAGAGAAAGAGGACCUGCUCCAUGAAGUGAUGGAUUUGGAAGCUCGGAAGAGCAGCCAAAAGACCCCUAGAGUCCAGGAGGCAAGUGAGUUGGUCAGGAUAGCAGCACCGGAAGACCUGUUUCUACCAGAACAGGACAAACCAGACGUCACCGCCCUCGGCAUAAUAGCAAGCAGAGAGGAUGCCACCCAACCUAGUUCACCUGCGUCGUCCAUCAGAGCCGAGUCAGAGGGGGACGCGCCAGCUGAGGAGCCUGGGCCAGUAGUACACAGCUCCAGGCAUUCCUGCCAGUGCUGCUGCCACCACAGCUUCUCAGAGGCCCUCCGGUUCCUGGAGAAACGCACAGAGGCGGAGCAUCAGAUCAGGGAGGAGGAGCUAGCGCUGAGGAGGGAGGAGCUGGAGGUUCAGAGGAGUAAGAUCUGCCUGGAGCGAGAGCGUCUUGAGGAGGAGAGGAAGGAGAGGGAGCGGAGGUUCCGGCUGGAGAGCCAAGAGAGGCAGGUGAUCCUGGACCUCCUCAAGGAGAAGAUCCUGAAAGGCUGAAGGAGGGAAGAGAAACCCCAGAAGACCUCCAUAGCAAGACAUGGUGGACUCUGCGUCAAGGAGCACGACGGCAGCGCUGCCCCGCGGCAACCCACACACGGACCCCAUGGACCCUCAACGCUAUGCGUACGGGCAUGGAUUGGAAGUGGGGAUUGAUGGGCCCUAGCAGGCCAGUAGAUACCUCUAGUAGAUUAACCAAGGAGCUCGGAGGAGGAACGCAUACACACGCACACACCCACAACAACAAGGCUGUCGCAGUUGACUUAAUCUACUGCCGUCGUCCUUACGAUGUUCGCUGUGUGCGUGUUUGCAGGUGUGUAAGGACAGGGUGCUGCUUUCACUUCGUGUUGUUGAUGAAGAGCGAACCCGAUUUAAUGACUGGAUGUCAAAGCAUCUCAUGUCACGCUUUUUUAGAUUAUGUAUUGCUGCAAUUACUGUGACGUUAUCUUGAUAACAGAAUGGUCCCGAGCAGGGAGUUUCUAGGAGGAGCAUGCAGCCAAGUGCAGCUGAACAGGUUUGUGUACUGUGUAUACCUGAAGUCAGUGUGCUCUUGUUACAAUAGUAGAGUAAUAGGUGUGGAGAAACAUUGUUGUGAGCCUUACGUUUCAGAAGAGAAGUCUGACGCUUUGGCACAGAUAAAAGGUGGUUUGUGAUUUCAUAGUUUUAAUUAAUAAUUACCCGACAGGGUAUACAUGGCUAGGCUAAUACUUGCUGCAUUGGGUGUAUGUUGAAUAUGUUGUGUAAAAUAACGAUGGUGAAUUGUUGAAAGUGCUAGGUUCUGACCUUAAGGAGCACACAACCCCAUGCGUGACGCCGCCUUAAAAAAAAAAAGCUUUCGGUUUGUAUUCGUUUUAAGGGCUGGGCUGCUGACUCUCCAGUAAACGCCCUUCAGUUCGGUUUCAUUAAGCAGAGGAAAGCUGUGUUCUCCUUUAAGAUUAGCUUCCACUGCUAGGUCCAGCAGUGGGAUUAAUAACUUUUUGAACACAAUUCAAAGAAAUGCUUCGGUCUUAGAGAAAAAUAUUUUGAGGGGAAUAUUUGAAGAAUUUUCAACAAACAAAUUAAUUGAUAAAUUAUACUUUUCAAAUCUUCUUGGGAUUUCCUCUUGUCUAUCAAGAUGAGGGUACACCCUGUGUUGGGAGGGCAGCCAUCAUGGGGUGCAUACACGCCCUCCCUCAAGUCACACAAAGAUACUUACAUUACCCAGACCAAUGCCAGUUUACUAAUAUACCGGUACAAACAGGCAGGCGCCACUCUCUCUAGCAAUAGCUUAAUUAUAGUUACUGAUAGGCUUAUCUUUCUGUGGACACUCCAACUUAUGAUGUCUUUAAAUCAAUGGUCAGGGCAUGGCAGAUUUUUAAUGGCUUGUAAGGGCUCAUCAAACACAAACCUGGUGAUAAAAUAGGGGCUCUUUAAAUGUAUCUACACUUGUCCACCUGAUGAUAUCUGGGCACUCCCAUACCUUAUUACCUUCUUGCCUUACCUUCAUUUUUUUUUAUCUCGAAUCAUCUUACACUAUCUUGAGAAUGUACUUUGUCCAAUCAUCGUAUGAGAAUAUAGACUAAUGAUGGACUAUAAAAUAUAUGGCUGCACCGGAAACAAUUAUAUUACAUAUUUCCUAAAGGUAUCAUGUCUAGCAAACAUACUACUACAGCUAUUGUAACAUGUAAUGAUACAAUAUCUAAAUUACAUACAAGUAAUGCUUCAUAAACUGAUAAAAAGAAAAAGCAUAAUUGUAGUAGUUCUACUACUAGUAAUUCUACACUUCAUGAUAGCCUGUAUAAAUAAUAGGCUAUAAUAUUGAAUGCUGUUUGACGGACAACGUCAGUUACAGUCAGCAAACAAUGUCGAUUUUUUUUUGGUUUUAAUACUUUAGUAAAUGAAAGCACCUUAUUUGGGGUAGAUUAUUUGCCUAUUUCAGAAGAACACUUGUCUUGCAAAACAAUGCGCUUCGACGCCGUGCCUUUGACCUCAGAUGACACGGCCCAACAUGCAUGCAUUUGAUUGGUUAG